UCAGCAAGCAAACCGUCCGGUCCAAAAGAAAUCAAAAUUUGCACACUUUACCCCCAAAAUUGAAUUAGAAUUCGACCUAAAUUUCGUUCUCACCACACGCAAACACAAAAUCCACCACCGUGCAACCACCGCCCAUCGCAUCUCCCUACUAAGCGUCCACCGUCGUUCUCUCAUCUCUCUGAUUUCUGUUCUCUCGCAGCCUUUAGCAUGGAUCCAGAAGCUGCAAGAAGUGCACGAGAAGCUCUGGACCUGGCAUUUCACAUGUCCAAUAUACUAGACACGGGCUUAGACCGUCAUACAGUUUCUAUUCUCAUUGCUCUCUGCGAUCUUGGGGUAAACCCUGAAGCACUUGCUGCUAUUGUCAAGGAACUUAGAAAGGAGAGGCUCCCAGUUUCAUCAUUGCAUCCUACACCUCCUUGAUCAUGAUGUAUUUUGUUGCAUCCAACAGCACAAAUCUGUUCAAAGUAUCAUAAACAAUCUUUUAUGAUGUAUUAAGGAUCCCACCAUAAGAUUGUGUUUGUUGUUAUUAGGAAACUAAGUGUAUUUUACUCUUUCUGUCAUUAUAGUGGGUUUAGUGGUGUGAAGUGUGUAAACACCUGAUAUGGCUUAUCAUGAUUCAUGCCUCAAACUUGCUUAUCACUAUCCCUUCCUUAAAGCUGCAGCCAACAAUUCUUUACUUAUAUAAUUAUUUGUGGAAUUAAACAGAUAUAUCAAUUAGUGGGUCA